AUGCAAAAAAUUAAUUCAAUAUAUUAUUUUUAUAAUUAUUUUAUAAUAUUAAUAUGUUUAUUUAAGAAAAUAAAAUGUGAAAGUUUAAUAAAUAUAUCUCCAUGUGCCUAUCCUCCUGUUACUGAUACAACAAAUUGUGGAAUAUUACCAAUGUUUGGAUCAAUGGGAUUAAUAUGUGAUCCUGAUCAUAUAUUUUCUCAUACAGAAUUAACAGUUUUAAAUGAAAAAAUAGAAAAAAUUUAUAGUGAUAAGGGUGAUAAUUGUAUAUGUAAUAAUUCAAAUAAAUAUCCAUGUUGGUAUAAAUUUGUUUUUGCCUUCCUUCGCCAAUUAACACCUGUUGAAGGGGCAAUCAAAGAUGAAUAUAAUAGAGAUUAUUGUCCUAUUAAUAAAACAUUACAACAUUUAGUUAAUAAAAAAAGAAAUGAUUAUCUUUUUUCAACACCUACCUCUGUACAAAUGUAUGGUCAUAGAUUUGCUGAAAUAAUUCGUGAUCGAUGGUCUGCAUCAUUUUGUGGUGAAGAAAUAUUAUUUUUUAUUAUUAAAAAUAGACCACAACAACUUAUUAGGGAGGGAUAUAAUGUAAUACCUGGAAAAAGUAUACCAAUGAUAUUUGUAGCACUUGGACCAACAGUUAUUGAAAGGUUAGAUAUGUCAAAUCCAAAAAAAGAAAAUUCACUCUUUUUUUAUCAUUCAGCUGUCAUAAAAGAAACAUUAAUUAUGGAAAAUGAUAAAUUAUUAAAUGGUUAUCCAUUAUUAUCUGUUAUUGAAUCAACUUUAGAUAAAUUUGUUACAAUUUUAUCAAAUGCUGAUAGUCAUAUAUCAAGUACAAAAGUAGGAAAUCAUAUUCCAAGUUGGGCCUUAAUAGUUUUUGGAGUUUGUGCCUUAUCAUGUUGUUUAAUGGCUAUAGGAUUAUGUUUUGUAAGAACAACUACAAGACGUGGUUCACAAAGAGGAAAAUCUAACUCUGAUCCUAAUAGAAGGUGGAAAGCUGGAUUUGUAGGAGAAGAUAAUUUAUAUCAUUUCAAUUAUGGUGGUAAUAGUGGAGAUAACUCAAGAACAAAUACAAGUGGCGUCUUCGCAUUAAUGGAUAACGGAAUUCAAAAUAGAAGUGAUGCCAAGUCAACAGCAAAUGCAGCUGUUGAACAGAUAUGA